GCUUUCUGCGUGAGGUUAUUUUAAGGGGCUUGGUGUUGUCAGCUGUUGUCUUGAUUCCCCUGUUGAAUCCUCCGUACUCUUCUCUUUCACUCGGCUAAAACUCUGGACUGACUGUCACAUUGUCCUCCUUUACAUUUGAAUCGAACAGACGAAUGCUGGCAGAUGAUGGAAGGCAGUGACCAGACCACCAAUGAACAAGUCAAUGAUAGAGAGGAGCAGCCGGUGGACCCUAUGGAGGACUUUGGCCAGCAGCUAGAGGACAUAAUCAACACCUAUGGCUCAGCGUCCAGCUUAAUGCAGGAGCAGAUCUCUAUCCUGGAAAAUGAAGAAAAUAAAGAAGCAGCGAUAGCCAGUGAAGAGAUAAUCUCUGGUGAAGCCGGUCCAGAAAAGGAGCAAGCUGAUUCAAAACUGCACAAAGGCCUAGGUGAAGAAGCCACGUCCUUAUUGCAAAGUCUGAACAAGCUCAGCUCACCGGAAGAGAAAGUGGAAAUGGCAUUGAAGAAAUACGCAGAGCUGGUGGAGAAACACAAGUCGGAGAAGCAGCAGCUUGAGCAGAGACAGGGUCUUCUGGUCAAGCAAAGAGAUCAGAUCCAGUUUGAACACAGUCGUGCCAUCCUGGCUCGUGGCAAGCUGGAGAUGCUAUGCAGAGAGCUUCACAGACAUAACAAGAUGCUGAAGGAGGAGAGUCUGCAAAGGCUGCAGGAAGAUGAGAUGAAGCGGAGGGAGAUCACUGCUCACUUCCAGAGCACGCUGGUGGACAUUCAGGGUCAGAUCGAGCAGCACAGCAGCCGUAACAACAAGCUGUGUCAGGAGAACAGCGAGCUGGCCAACAAACUCAAGACUCUCAUUGAUCAGUAUGAGAGAAGAGAACAGAGUUUAGAGAAGAUCUUUAAACACAGAGAUCUACAGCAGAAAUUGUCUGAUGCCAAACUGCAAGAAGCAAACAUGCUACUUAACCAGGCAGAAGAGAAGCACAAGAGAGAGAAGGAAUAUUUGCUUAAAGAGGCAAUUGAUAAAACAAAGAAAUGCUACGCAAUGCGGGAGCAGGAGUUACAGAUGAAGAAACAGCUCGUGUUGUAUUCCCAAAAGUUUGAAGAGUUCCAGGCUACACUGGGGAAGAGUAAUGACAUUUAUGUUACUUUCAAACAGGAAAUGGACAAGAUGACAAAGAAGAUGAAAAAGCUAGAAAAGGAGUCAAAUAUAUGGAAGACACGGUUUGAAAGCUGCAACAAAGCUCUUGUUGAAAUGAUAGAGGAGAGAUCAGAAAAGGCGAAAGAGUUUGAACUCUUUACUGUAAAGAUUGACCGGCUGGAGACUUUAUGCCGAGCCUUGCAAGAUGAGAGAAAAUGUCUGUACAGUAAGAUUCAAGAUAUUCGUUUCCCAGACAAAGCAGCCAUAUCACCUCCACAAGUGGAUGAGCUUCCAGACAUCGCCCAACUUUCUAACCUGGCACCUAGCCCUUUAAUGACCGCCGAGAUGGAGAAGCUGCGACAGGAGCAGAUCCGUCUGCAGGAAUUUGCUGCCGCCUUGGCGACUCCCAUAGCAGAUGACAGUGGGGAAACAGACAGUGAGGAAGAUGAGUUCCCAACUGUUCCUGAGGUCCCAAAAAUUGAGCUCAAAAAAGAAACAGAUGAACUGAAAUUAAUUCAAGAGGAACCAUCUAUAGCAGAAGAUAACAAACCAGAGGCUGUUGUUGCCGAUGAAAAGAAGCAAUUGCCCACAAAUCCUGAGCCAACCAAACCUGAAGCAGAAACUAAAUCUCCCCAAGAUGAAGAAAAGCCAUCAUCCACAAAUCUGGAACCAACCAAACCUGAAGCAGAAUCCAAACCUCCCCAAGUUGAAGAAAAGCCAUCAUCCACAAAUCCUGAACCAACCAAACCUAAAGCAGAAUCCAAACCUCCCCAAGUUGAAGAAAAGCCAAUACCCACAAAUCCUGAACCAACCAAACCUAAAGUAGAAUCCAAACCUCCCCAAGUUGAAGAAAAGCCAUCACCCACAAAUCCUGAACCAUCCAAACCUGAAGAAGAAUCUAAACCUCCCCAAUUUGAAGAAAAGCCAUUACACACAAAUCCUGAACCAACCAAACCUAAAGCAGAAUCCAAACCUCCGCAAGUUGAAGAAAAGCCAUUACCCACAAAUCCUGAACCAACCAAACCUGAAGCAGAAUCCAAACCUCCACAAGUUGAAGAAAAGCCAUUACCCACAAAUUCCAAACUAACCAAACCUGAAGCAGAAUCCAAACCUUCCCAAGAACCUCAACAACCGGAAAUUACGGAACAACAAGAGUCAGCCAAAGAGAAACCAAAGCAAGAAGAAGUGACAAAAGUAGAAGCGAUCAAACAAGAAACAGUCAAACAAGAACCUACUGAGCCACGACCUGUUGUGAAAGAAGAGGCAAUACCAGAACAGAAGAAUGUUGCAGUUGUUAAAUCCGAACUACCUAAAACAGAGUCAUCCAAACAAGAGUCCCCCAAAGAGGAGCACGUUCAGAAAGAUGAAGCAGCAUCAGAUGGAGCCAAAGCACAGGCAACAAAAUCUAAAGCCCCAAAAUCCCAAGAGGCCAAAUCAAAGAACGGCAAACCUCAGUCUAAAAAACAAGCUACUUCCAAGAAAAAGGGUUCUGCUAAGGGUGGGAAUAAAAGCUAGGCCAUAUAAGAGUGCAGUAUCAUAUAGGAUUUUCUAUAUUGUCAGAUCGGUUUGUUUUAGUGUAGUUGUGUGUCUUGUUGUUUGCGAGUUACAGGUAACAUAUAAGAUGACAAACAGGUCAUAAGCUGCUUGCCUUUCCAGAAAGUUUUACAUUACGGGUGGUUUGCAUAGUUUACGUUUUGCAUAGUUUUCAGAAUGUAACGUGGGUUUUUUAACUUUUUAAGGAAAUAAUCAAGUAUAAUACUUGUAAUACCUUCAAAUAAACAUCUGUUGACAAUCCUA